UAACCCUCAGUCGUGACCGAGGUGCGCUCUUAAACGUUCGCUCUAACCCACCGUGUAAAACGAUCGCAGUUGUGACCAAACAUUUUGAAUUGCAGAUUUAACAUUGAAUUACAUUUCAACAUAGACUCUUCAACAGUCGAGAGAAAUUGUCUGAAUUUUAAGUUCGUCGAGGAAAACAAUAAGCAAGCUCGUCAAGAUGAUGUCGAAUCCAGGAAUGGAGUUGCAAGUAGAGGAAACCCCAUUGGCUCUGCGCCGUCUCUGGAACCUGACCCGUGCUCGUCUUGCUGGCACUUCUACGGCCCUCGACGUUGAACCAGCUCUAGUUGAGACCUUACCUUCUGCUCAGGAGCCUGAGGGUACACCAAAAAGCUUUAUCCCAACUACUAGUGAUUAUGAAAGCGAUGGAGAAGAAGCUUUCCCUGAAGUGGAAGUGCGUGAACAACCCGAAAUUCCAUCGAAACCUAUUUGGACUGGAAGCGCAUACGAGAAAGAGGUUUUACUAGAUGCAAGUGCUCUUGGAGAUGUCCCGGCCGUGUAUCGCGUCCCGGCCCCAGCGCCUCAUCAAAUGCCGGUCAUCGGAGUCUAUAUUGAUCCUCGUGUCAGAACUGGCUUCAGAUAUAAAAUCAGACCAAUGCAGGCUUUGGAUGCGCCCCCACUAUCUGUGAAGCCCAGGUAUUUGUUUGAUGGCAAAGCCCUCACCCUCCAGUCGAUUGGCCGUGGAUUUGCAAGACGACUUACCUUUGAUCACGAUGGUUCAACUCUAAAUGAGAAUACCAAUUACUUUUGGUCUGACUCACGUCCUGAAGGUUUUGUCUUUGAAAUUGAAGCCGUCGCGAUUGGAGACAAGUUCACCAUAUACGAUGCCAAUCACGAACCUCAAGGAACACUAGAGGUUAUUCAGCAACAGAAGAAUCAAAUCGAGCUUGAACAGAAAAUUUCUGAAGAUGGUUCAAUUGAGAAGAGGGUGAAAGUGAACACUUUGUGUAAGAUAGAAUGGUAUGAAAAUGAUGAUAUUACCAAAUUGGUGCCUGUAAGUGGAAUUGCUAUACUAAAGAAAGGCCGUGGAAAUGCUGUGGUCACUAGAGUCGUCAAUGUUGCGAUCGGUAUUAAACAGCUGAAGAAGGGAUACGAACUUAAACCUGGCAUCAAAUCGUCCUCAAGAAGGAUCACUGUAAGCGGAAGUGACAUUAACGAUAUCCCCUGCCAGUACUCUGUUGUCGGUCUAGAGAGAUACGAACUUCCUGUUAUAGGAACAUAUAUUGAUCCUCGCAUUGUACCUGGAUUUUACUACCGAGUGAGACCAGCCAACAGCCGCCACCGUCUGUUCGAAGGAAGAAGCCUUUUGUUACAAUCCAUUGGAAUGGGCUAUGGAAAACGCAUUACAUUCAAACCUGAUACAUUGAACGCACCUGAAAACUAUUUCUGGUCUGACUCCCACCCUGAUGGUGUCGGCAUGGAGCCACGUGCAGUACAUCCCGACAUGAAAUUUACAGUAACAGGAAACGGAGGUCUUCUCGGUGAAGCUAUGGUGUUCCGUGCUGAUUUGCCACAAGUAGAAGAGAAGACGGAGUAUGUUGAUGUGCCAGGCAAACGAGGAAAGGCUGUACAGAAAUACAUUCAAGUUCAUGUGACGUGCCACGUGAAACUAGCUACUACUGGCGGCGGUUCAGUUGAUUCUGAAGUGCAUUUGAUGAAAGUAUCGGGAACUGCAUUAGUACGCAAAGAACCGGACCAAGCAGCUGCUAAACUAGUGAAAGUAUUCAAUGUUGGAUUGGACUCCCAACUUAAUCUACUCUUCGCGCACUCACAGACUGAACUAACCUUCCAUCCUCUGCCUUAAAGAUUUCACAAGAAGCGAAUGGUGUUGCAAUGUAUAUGAAACACGAUGUUCUAACAAAUCGCAAUACCAAAAUAUCUCUGGCGCAACUGAGGCUCCGUCAAAUGUCAGCCGAUUUAAUCACGAAUUUGUAACUGUUGGAAGUCCAAUUUCUAGAAGCUCUGCUACUGGGAGGAUUGUUGUUGCAGAUUCGUUCCGGCUGUAUUGAACUGGUUUGAAUGGAUUGCUGACAUAAAUGAUAUGAUGAUUCGGAAAUUCUUCUUCUAAAACCUACAUUAUAUUACAAGAACAGAAGAGAAAAUAAUUUGAUUCUGUUUCAAAAGCUGGUGUACUUUCACGUCGAUAAUUCUUUUUAUUUGACUUAAUAUUUAAUUUAACUGAAAACCCAUUUAAUUAUUGUACCCAUGAUGUAUUUUAAUAAAAACAUCGGAGAGAGUAGUAAAAGACUAUACCACAUUAUUAUAAUUUGCACAAAAUCAAUUACUUCAGUUACAAAUAUUAUUACAUAAAAAAAUUUUUCGUUAUAAUUUCUUAAAAAAAUUUUUGACUAUCUCGAAUAAUAUUAUUUAAUAAACAAUUUUACAAAA